GGAGGAGGGUUGGAGAGAGCGCGCUGCCUCCUUCUGCUCUCUUCCUCCGAUGUUGAAAUUCCUCUCUCAUGAGGAACUUCCUGGUUGGUAACCGGCAGCAGUAUGGAGAUCACAGAGAUGUCAUUUGUCAGAGAGAGAGAGGAGGAGAGAGGGAGGGUUGGAAAGGCAGCGGUUCGAAGAAGAUUUGAGUGAACGAGGAAGGAACUGUCGACCCAAAUGAGAGAAAGACAGGAAGGAGACAGUUAAAGCAACCUUGAGUGAGUCUGUAAAUGUAUAAUCAUCUGUUUGUAGCCUGAUAAGAUAUGAUUUAGGCGUCUUGAUGAGAGAAAAGUACACAGGCGUUUCAGGAAGCUAAACAAGAACAGCGUCUCUAGACAGCACAGCACAUCAUGGUAGUGAAUCCUUUUUUCGUGUGCAUUAACAUGAGUUUAACUUAACUUAAGUCUUCCAUACCAAACGCCCAACCCAGCAAAAUGAACAAAACCAACUUCACUUGAAAACAGACCAGAGUCAAAGAUGAGGCAGGAAGGGGAAGAGGAGAGACAACAAGCUCGGGUAGGAUGAUACGCGUUUACACAUGCAAUCUGCGGGUCUUCUGGCCUGUUCUCCUCUUUUUGGUGGCCAUCGUGGUGGUCCUUCACCACUAUACACAAACACUGAGCUCGGAGCAGAAGUCAGACGUUUCCAGAGACCCACCGGGAGGGGACGGCUGCUGGGAUGAAGCAAGCUAUUCCAUUCUUUUUCUGCUCUUCAAGCUUGUUCUGGCCGGCACGCUGUGUUUCCUCAGCCUCAGGUUCUGUUGCUCCCACCAGCCGAGAAGGGCAGGAAAAGGGGCUCGGCUCACGGACACAUUACCUCGGCAGCAGCUUCUGGACGACUUCUAUAACCGAUGUGUGCGGCUCUCGCCUCACAUGGUGGGCCACAGCAAAGCCAACGUAGCCAAGGUGGUGGGAGACCUGAUCAGAGCCGGCCGCACCUCCACAACCCCUGAGUCGGGCCUUUCUCUCCGGGGCGACUUCUUGCAGGUGGGUAGCACCUAUGAGGAGCACAAGACCGGCUCUCCGGACUGCUUUGACAUCCUCGUCCCACUGAGGGUCCCCAGCGGACUGAAGCCCCAGCCCAGGAUCGUGUGGGGGCCGGGGGGGGGAGAGAGAGACCAGAGAGAGACGGAUGUGGGUAAGGGUGAGGAGGAAACCAAAGCAGAAGUGAAACACGCGUGUUCGGUCCAGAGGAAGAAAAAUGACAAGCAGAAAAAACACAAGAGGCCCAAGAGCGGGCAAGAGAUACGAGGGAGUGAUCAGGAGAAGACUGCCCUCAAGAGAGAGUACGAAGACAAGGACAGGGACGAGGCGGACGUGUUGAAUACCAUCGAGGAGGACACCUGCGGUCCCGUUCCCAAAGGCUGCCUGGAGGUGCCCCUACAUGAAGAAUGGCUGCGCAGACACCCAGCCUUUGCCAGCACCUUCCUGCGGCCUUGCCCCCAGGAAUCCCCGUCUGGUGGAGGUGAGAAGGGGAGCAGAGUCUACAUGAUCCUCUCGGCCUCGGUCCUCCGCUGGUUCCUUCACACGAUGCAGCACUGCCUGGCCUCCGUGCGCUACUCCCACGAGCUGCACUGCAGCCUCAGCCUCACGCCGUCCGACCAGUGCGUGCAGCUGCACCUCACCCAGCAGCCGGACUACAUCUGCUGCCACAUCUCCACCGUGGUGCGCAUGAUCCCCGUCUUCCUCCUCGCCAACGGCGUCUACCUCGUCCCGACGGACGCCGCCGCCGCGACGCUCCCGGGGCGGCGCGGUCAGCGGAGGGACCUGUGGACGCUCUUCUUCCCCCAGCACGAGCAGAGGCUGCUGGGGUGGAAGAGGACUCAGCUCCCCCGCCGCUCCUGCCAUCUCAAGUGCCUGCAGCUGGUCAAGGCCGUCCGGGACCUGGGGGGCCAGGCCCUGGACGGCCCGGGGGCGGAGGCCUGGAGGGCGGUGCUCUCCUCCUACGUGCUGAAGACCGCCUGGAUGCGUCUGCUGCUGGGGAUCCCCGCCGAGGCUUGGGAGGAGCGCCACCUGGUGGCCCGCGUGGAGGACCUGGUCCAGAGCCUCGGCGCGGCCCUGGAGAGGCGGUCCAUCGCUCAUCUGUUCCUGGGAGGCGACGGCGCCGACAGCCUGCCGCCAGAACCCGUGGCGUUCUCCAAACCGGCCAAGGCGACGGCGGGAGGGGCUCCGAGGGCGAGCGGGGGGAACCUCUGGGCGGGGAUCCCCGCUGCGCAGCUGGGCAUGGUGUCGGGGCGUCUGGCGUACACGUGGACACACCUCCACCGGCUGAUCCGCCUCACUCGCCCGCCGGGGAUCGCCCAGCUCGGAGCGCCGGGACACAGACACGUCUGGAAGUGACCGAGGACAAAGACAGUGAUGUCAUAUGAUUCAUGUAACCAUGUAACCACAAGUAUUGUUAUAUCAUCAGAUUGGCGUCAUUAUGCAUGUAGUGACUCAUGGGUUGACGAUGCACACGCGUGCCCCUCAGGGCAUGCUGCGGGUUGCUACGAGGACAGUGAUGUCAUGGUAGUGUCCGCUUCCCCAGUGGACUCCUGCGACACGCCCGCACAGCUCCAUGUGGAGAUCUACGUGUCUCUGCACUACGCUGCUCUUUAGAACAUGGCGUUACCUUCACAGUAUGUGUCACAGCUUAUGUCCAGGGAUACAGAGAUACUAUACCGUCAGACAGUGAUAAGGUUAUCGGUUUGUUCUUCGGGGACAGCCUACACAAAACCGUACACAUGUAAAACGUAUUCUCUUAGACACAUGCGUAUGUUUAUCAAAUGUACCAACACGGACACAUUGAAUCAUGACUUUAAAACUAUGACACGCAAGGCAUGCUAAACAUUAGUGGACGAACCGUAAAUAUAAACGUAUUGUUUGUGAUAUUAAUAAUACAAUUGCUUCUAUUCCAAGAUUUAUAUUUUAUAUGUAAAUGCCGUGCAUGAUUUUUCUGUUGCUGUUUUUUAUAUUAUUUAAAAAGAUGUGUUCAGACUUUUACAUGGCUUUUCUCAGCUAAGAAUAAAAGCAUACUGGUUAUGGUA